AUGAAAUGCUUCUCCCGGUACCUUCCUUACCUCUUCAGACCCUCAAGCACCAUCCUCUCCUCCAGCUGUCACACUGAAGGUAGGCUACGGACUUAUGAUGUUAUUGCGCGCGCGCGUAUGCGUACGUAUGUAUCUGUGUGUGUGUUUGUGGGCACUGGGCAGCCAGCAGCAGGUUAGGUCCGGUCGGGAGACAUCUAUUUAUAGAGAGAGAGGAGUCUGGAAAUGUAAUGGAACGGAACAGAACAGCGGACUGGCUCGUCUCACUCACAUCACCCUGCUCUCCUCCCGUUUCUAAGGCGAAACAGCCAUAGUCAGGUUUGACAUUUCAGACGGUGUCGGGAGGGACCACUCUGGAGUUGGCUCAACUUGGCUGGGUUUCCUUUGUAGGCCUAUUUGCAUAAUUAAUGUCUGCACCUGUCGGUGUAAAUUGUAGGAACUUUCAAGACAUGACAUUCCACCUUUUCCCUCAGCCAAAGCUGAAUAGAAUAGACUACUCUGGUGACAAUUAUAAGCUGCCUGCAACACUGUAUGCUGUUCAAAAGAAAAGAGAGAAAAGUGUGUCAGCCUUUCUGUCAGUUCAACCACGGUGGUCAAUUGUUUUGAUUAUUUUACCAAGUAAGUUGACUGAGAACACGUUCUCAUUUACAGCAACGACCUGGGGAAUAUUUAAGGAUGGGGGAUAAAUGAGCCAAUUGGAAGCUGGGUAUGAUUAGGUGGCCAUGGGGCCCGAUUGGGAAUUUAGCCAGGACACCGGGGUUAACACCCCUACUCUUACAAAAAGUGCCAUGAGAUCUUUUAGUGACCACAAAGACUGAGGACACCCGUUUAACAUCCCAUCCAAAAGACAGCACACUAAACAAGGCCCCCCCCCCCCAAAUUGUAAAGUGGUUAUCCCACUGGCUAUAGGGUGAACGCACCAAUUUGUGAGUCGCUCUGGCUAAGAGCGUCUGCUAAAUGACGUUAAUGUGCCCUUGAGCAAGGCACUUAACCCUAAUUGCUCCUGUAAGUCGCUCUGGUUAAGAGCGUCUGCUAAAUGACUAAAAUGUAAAUGUAAAGGCUCUGUCCCCACUCACUGCGCUGUGGCAUUGGGAUCUUUUUUUAGACCAGAGGAAAGAGUGCUUCCUACUGGCCCUCCAACACCACUUCCAGCAGCAUCUGGUCUCCCAUCCAAGGACUGACCCUGUUUAGCUUCAGUGGUAAACCAGCAGUGGGAUGCAGGGUGGUAUGCUGCUGACCAAGGACAUGUCACCUGUCCAUAACAACCAAAACAACGUUAUGUAAGGCUUCAUAAGAGCCCAUUAGGUUAAGUUUAUGAUUAACUUAAUGCAUUAUUAUUAAGUUAUUAUUAUUAAGUAAUUACGUUUAUUGACAUAGAAUGUCUCAAUAACAUCCCACAGGGCACAAAAUGGUUGAACUCAUCAACUUAAACUGUUGUUUUGAGUGCAAUUUCUCAGGAUUAUGUCAUCAUUGUAACCAACUGUCAUCAUAGACAAACCUUGUAUAAAAUACAGUUGAAUUUGUACUUUUGAAACAACUUCGGAUCUUCAACAUUAUAUGCACUAUCAGAUAAAACAAACAAUAGGCUGGGCAGCACUUCCUACUGGAGAGUUGAUCUACAACUAUUUAUUUAUUAGGUCCAGGGUUUUAACCAAGCCCUGCUUAGCUUUUAUAUUUGUCACUGACUACUACCAAUGUGCUAUCGUGGGAAUUAUUAUUAAGAGAUGUCUUAAUAACUAAAUAUAUUCACUGUUGUAUCGAAGUCAUUCUAAAGGGCAGGUUUAACAACGCAAAUUAAAUGUAACCAUACUUUAUAAGUCAUAUAUCAUCAAUGAUACUAUUUAGGCCUACAUAGCAUUUGCAAAGUCAUCCAAGGGUUCAACAAAAAAAAUAGACAAUACAUAUAGACCUAGGGUUUCAUGCUUUGGUUGAUUUCAAAUGUAAUCUUCAAGUUAAUCAUUAAUACUGUAUGUUGGAUUCAUGUGUCCUUCUCAACCAAAGAUCUUAGUUAAAGAAUAGGACUAAAUCAAAGCAAACUUUAUUUAAAGUGCAUUUAAAGUUUGAUAAGAUUAGAUAUAGUGCUAUUCUUUAACUUUUUGGUUGAGAUGGAGACGUGAAUCCAACAUAUCAAUUAUGAAUUUGUAGACAAACUGGAUAUGGAAUUGUGUUUGGUUGUCAACGCAACCUAAUAUCAACAUUUGAAGGAGAUCUAAUGCUUGGAUAGUUCCAUCUGUGCCACUGACUUAGGCUGGCUUUAAUUCCAGCGGCAAUAUUGCAAAUAGCUUAUUGAAGGGGUGCCUCAGAAUGGCAGAUGUGUUGUGGUUGGUAGCCAUGGAUGGGGGCUGGAGGUUGUCUAGUAGUCUUGCUGUUGUUGUUGAUCUAUUGAGGGGAUCUUUCCGUGUGACUAGAAAAUGUGUUCAGCCUCAUUGUAAAACAGCUCAUCACUUGUAUAUUAGGCACCCUACAGGACUAUCGGCUAUUUGCAUUUAAUUAUUCACCAGAGGCUCUCAACAAAGGUUGUGCUGAAAGUAUUCUCAAUUUUAGCAAAGGCUCGGAAAGGAGUUUGUUGUGAUUUCCAUGGGCACAUUGUGUAAUAGUGUGGGUCUGGACUGCCUCUCCCAGGGGGCUGACGUGAUCACAUCUAGCUUUUGUGGAACCAGGUGGUGAUAUCAGUUGUGUAACCCCCUCCCCCUGUAGAGAGGAGUGCAGCUGGGCCAUUUUGCCCAUUUCCCCCUGGGUGGGAGGGAGCAGUGCACACACACACACACACACACACAAUGUACCCCCAGGUCUCCAUCAGCAGACAAUGAGAAAAGGAGAGCACUCUUGCUAAGCUCCAGUUUGCCACAUCACACUGUAACUGGACCCUAUAGCUUUGAGGGAGGAAAGAUUUCUCUUGUGGCCAUCACAGCGUAUCUGGGGGAUGGGGGUAAUGGACACAGAUAACCCUCUAGGGUCGGUCAUCAAUAGGGCCUUAAUUAGUGCCAAGGUGGGAGGUCUGGGAGAGCAGGAGGUAUAACAUCAUGGGGUAUAAUAUCAUGGGGUACCUGAAGCGAUGAUAUUUCUUUCUUUCUUUCUUUCUUUCUUUCUUUCUUUCUUUCUUUCUUUCUUUCUUUCUUUCUUUCUUUCUUUCUUUCUUUCUUUCUUUCUUUCUUUCUUUCUUUCUUUCUUUCUUUCUUUCUUUCUUUCUUUCUUUCUUUCUUUCUCGCUAUCUUUCUUUCUCGCUAUCUUUCUUUCUCUCUCUCUCUCUCUCUCUCUCUCUCUCUCUCUCUCUCUCUCUCUCUCUCUCUCUCUCUCUCUCGCUCUCUCUCUAGGAUCGAUGUGGUUGCUCUGGUCGGAUAAAGCGGGAUGGGGUGAAUAUUUCAGAGCCUUUGUCAAUUCAGAUUGCCUCAGCAGGGUGCCAUCUCUCAUCCUUGAUUCUGAGUCCCAUCUGUAGGCCUCCUCUCCCUCUCCGCCUCUCUCUCCCUCUCUGCCUCUCUCUCCCUCUCUGCCUCUGUCUCCCUCUCCCUCUAUGCCUUUCGCUACCUCUCUUUGCCUCAUCUCCCCCUUUCGACCUCUACCAGUCCCUCUGUUGUCAGCCUGUGUGUUGCGGCCUGCUCCUAUGAGCCAUGAUGAGCCACUCUUCAACCUCUGGCUAUUGGGUGAAGGUGAUAUUGGCAGCCCCUCUUUCCCCUGGGUCCAGCGGCCCAGCCACCCGGGUCUCAGUUGGACAUACUGUAAUAGAGGGGUAAACGCCACGUAG